AUGUCGACUUCAUCAUCUUAUCUAUGGCUAUAUCCGAAUCGACCGCAGAGAGGGAUCAAGCCUCCGCCUGUGUUUCCAAAGACGUUUAGAAACGGAACAGUAAGUGAUAAGCAACGAGCAGACUCUCUUCCGGGUGCCACUGAAACAGGUUCUUCAACCGAUUCAACCGCAUCGAAUUGGGACGGUUUUGAGCCUUCGGAUUCAUCAAGCACAACGACAGCCACAAUGCAGUCUACAAUGGAAGCGAGACGAGCGUUUUUGGUCAGUCUAUAA